GGUACUUUGGGGGAAAUGUCUUAUUUCUGAGGGACGGGACGGCGUCUGGAGGGGAUUUGCGCGCACAUGCUGUCUGUCACUAGCUGGGUUAGUUAGCUGCCAGCCUCAUCUUCUUUCUCCACCUCUUUCUCCUCCUCUUCCUCCACGGCUGGGGGGGAAAACAGAGUGGAGGGAGAGAGCGGCUCCUCAAGACACGUCCCCUCCUUUGUUGCGUAGUCUGUUCGUAAUACUUCAGUUCGUGGUUCGGUCCGGUCCAGCCAGGCAUCCCGGAACCCGCCCCGCACAUGCGCAAUUUGCGUUCAUUUAAACUCGAAGUUCCAUUCGAGGGGAAAUGGUCGCGCAGAGGAUCCUUCGUGCUGUCAUCAUGGGACCCCCGGGCUCCGGGAAGGGGACGGUGUCUGCACGCAUCGUCAAAAGUUUUGGAGUGAAGCACAUCUCCAGCGGGGAUAUUUUGAGGGCCAACAUCAAGCAACAAACAGAGCUCGGCUUGUUGGUGAGGUCCUGCAUGGAUCAGGGUCAGCUGGUUCCUGACGGGCUCAUGUCCCGUCUCAUACUAAAAGACCUGAAAUCCAUGGAGCACAUCAGCUGGCUGCUUGAUGGGUUCCCUCGCACAGUAAGCCAGGCGGAGGCCCUUGAUCAAGCCUACACUCUGGACACAGUCAUCAAUCUGAAUGUACCUUUCCAGACCAUCAAAGAACGCCUGACCUCUCGAUGGACUCACAUUUCAAGCGGCAGAGUCUAUAACACAGAUUUCAACCCUCCUAAAGUCCCUGGUUUUGACGAUGUAACAGGGGAGCCUCUGGUCCAGAGGGAUGAUGACAAACCGGACACAGUCACACAGAGACUGAAGGCCUAUGAGACCCAAACACAGCCCGUCCUGGAGUUCUACAGAAGUAAAGGUGUAGUGAAGACCUUCACUGGGACAGAAACCAACAAGAUUUGGCCUCAUGUGGAAGAGUUCCUCCAUCAAAGGAUCUCUUUGGACAGUCAGAGAGCUGCUUAGGCAAAAAACAAAUGAAGAAAAGCUCGGAAGUUUACCUGUUGGAACCUGGGUACACAAAAUGCCAGCAGAGGACCAGCUGUGCUCUGAAUGUUCCACAUGAAGAUUUGGGUUUGUGUUCAAUUUUAACAACUAGUGUUAUAGUUCAGUUAGUUAGAAACACUUUUCAUAUUCAUUCCAUAUGGUGCCUUUGAAGAGAUGUCGGGUAAUCAGGGUUUGGCUCAAACUUUUUCGUUGAAAUAAAACUUUCCAGCAUCUUUCCACAGUUAACCUGAGCUAAAUCAAGAUACUUGACAGCUUUUUCACGAAGAGUCCAUCCAGAGUGUUAUGGUGAGCUUUGUUUUUUUCUAUUUAAGACUUGCAUUAGUGUCUUAAAGAAGCUUGUUUGCGGAGCUGUCGACUGCCCCUAAAGGGAAAUGUGAUGUGCAGCUAUAUGUACACAAGUGCCUUUUGGUGCUUUAGACUGGGUAGCUCAGCAAAUGUGCUUCGUAAAAAUCUUUCCACAAAUGGACUAUUUGAUUAAAAGAAACAUUCCUUUUGGGUACAUUUUUCCUCAAUUUCAGGUAGUGGUUCUGCUGGUGACCUUGUCGUUGAGAUGUUUAUUUAUGAAAUCUUUAAUUGACAACUGGACCGAAUACCUGUAUUAAUAAUUAAAAUCAAAAAUCCUUGAUUUUCGUUUUGCCUUAUUCUGAUCCUGUAAAAAAUAAUCUAGCAUAUUCUGAUCCGUCUCGUGAAAACUGAAAGACUCGAAUGGAGCAAAAUGCAACAUUCCCAUCUGCAUCAUUAUACCAUGAAACACAGCAAAGCAUGACCUUGAGUAUGCAGUCAUUUAAUAAAAUGGUUUUUUUUUUAUGUAUUGUGGGUGUUGUUAGCACUCGCCUCGGUGUUUCAAACCUGUUAAAAGCCUUGAAGGAGCUAAUCUGCAGUGACCUGUAUUGAUUUCUGAUCUGAAAUGAUUAGCAGAACAUGCUCACUCCGUUUCCAUCUGUGCCACCAGCAUUUAAAGACACUUUGUUUUCCUGUUGUUUUAAACUGGGUUUGAGUGAAAAUAAUUGAAAGAACUUUCUGGAAAAAAAAACAGUUCAGCUUCUGUUCAUGUUUGUGGAAUUUAGCAUAACUGUGCAAACAGCAGCUGAGACCUGCAGCACUUUUACAGAGGUCUGAAACUUUUGGCUUCACAAAUCUAUUACAUCUACUAAGAGUUUCAAGAUUUUAUUUUAUGCACCAGAUUCAUUUUCAUGACUUUAACUGAAUUGAAAAUUAGUUUUUCACCUAAUCCUUUCUAAAAAAAUAAACUAGUUCGUGUUUCUCUUUGUCAGUGUGUUCACAAAAACUGGUUUGAAUUUGUCAAAAAACUGGUUUCAUUGUUGGCCUGCAGUCUUUUCUACAUGAAGUUGUGAAUUAUGUUGUACAUUGACUUUACAACAUACUUAACAGAUUUAAAAAGCGUAAAUGAUAUGAAAAGUGUUUAUCGUGCAAAUGUCUGCAUCUGGCGUGAAGUUUAUAUCUAUGGGCUUCACAUCAUCACAAAAACAGGAGAUAGUUUGUAAUUCCCACUUGUGCUUUGGUGGAGAUAUUUUUUUUUUUGGUGCAACAUUUAAAGGGGCUUUUAUUAAGAUACAGAGGUUCAAUGUGGUCUAAACCCGCCGAUUUCUGCGCCUGUGUGAUAUAAGCUCUUCGAGAGCAACGGCAACAAAAAAACAAGUUAAUAAACAUCAUUUGUAAGG